UUAAAGGACAUAAACUCCUGCAAUGUGAGGUAUUCUUGAUCUAAAGAAUGGAUAGCAACAGCUCAUCGGUGCAUCUUGACAGUAAAACAAUCUGAAACAAUGAACAAAUAUUGAUUUAAAAAUAAUUAGCUUUAAAAAAUUUUGGUUUUACGAAAAUGUUUUGGGAUAGACAAUUUUUUUAUGAUCACAAAUACUGUGAUUUAUAUUUUAGCAAGUUUCUCUCGCAAAUAUGAUUCUGGAUUAAUCAGUGAAUUAUUAUCAAAUUCAGUAAUCAGUAGACAAUUCAUUAAGAAUAUACAGCGAAGAUAUCUAUUGCUAUAGUAUAAAGUUGAUUUAUGCCAGAUUUGGUCUUUGUUAAUCUGCAACAGAACUUCACUGUUAUAUGGCUCUGGUAUAUUGUUCUUAGUUAUUUUCAUUUUCUGCUUGUUAUGCUCUUUUUAUUGUACAACUUUUAAAUCUUGUGCUCUCAGUAAAAUUGGUUUAGUGAUGCAUGUAAAUAAACAUAUUUGUCACUUAUUUUGGUAAUUAUAACUGAUAUCUUUCGUGGUUUUAUUCUUGAGUUGGUGCGAAUCAUGUUGUUAAACUUUAUUUCAUGUUCAUCACUCAUAGGUGUUUAAAAUGUUAAGUUAGUUAUGGCCGCAUACAGAUCUCAUGAUAGACCAGAAAGUGUUCCUGCUUUGAACCUGGGUCAUCUUGGAACAGAUAUACCAGAAUCAAAUAACCAAGUGAAGAAUCCAGUCAAAACAAAUCAACGACUGCAGACCCCUGAUUCUAGAUCUACCGUAAGCUGGGGGACAGGACUAUCAACUCCUUAUCAUGUUUCAAAACAAGACUUACAAUUUGGUGGGACUGUCCAUCGGCCUUGUACACAUAUGAGGCACAAGGGACAGGAAAUGAAACAGCCUCAAAAGAAUAUAAAUAUAAAUGAAGAGAGAAUGAAUUUGAAGAAUCAGCAACCAGCAGUAGAAGAAUUCAGAGCUAAAAGCAAAGACCAUAAUGCCGACAGCAAACAGAAAUAUGACAAGUAUGAUAAAAAUGCUGAAAGACAAAAGGAACAGUCUAGAUUCGAACAGAUCAAGCAUGUGGAAAAAAGAAAUGAUCAUAUCAAACCCAAAGGAAAAGGUCAAUCAGCAUAUUGGUAUCUGGACAAAGAGCUUCAAGAUCAUCCUCCAACUCCCAAGGUUGACGAUACGCCUACAAUAGAUGACUUAGCACAUAUGCAAGCUGAUUAUACUGGACAAUCUUAUACUGAUAUACACAGUGCAAGAAAAUAUGCUGCGGAAGAUGAUCUUACAAACAAACAAAAACAACGAGUCAUGGAACAAGUCCUAGUUGAUUUAUUAUCAAGACAUGUUAUAAGUGAUCCUGACCAGGAUAAAGAUCCUGCAAGAUCUAAUCCUGCUGAUCCACUUCGACAACAACCAGGAAUGCCAAUGCAACCUGUUAGAAAUCGAUCAAGAAGGCUCCACGAUACUAAGAUAAGUACAGUAGGAGCUGUAACGGAAACAAGUUUGAAAUCCAGAGUUACGUUUUCAGCAAGAAUUCUCACCCAGAAUGGAAGAGAUGCCUUGAGAGAAUUGUUUGGAUUUUUCUUUCAUCACGAUAAUACAGUCACUGUUUAUGAAUACAGGAAUUUUGGAAAAAACAAUUUCAAAGCACUUCCUUUUAUAUCCCGGGGAAAGUAUAAACAUCAGAAUGGUAGAAGGAAAGGAAAAGAUGUGAGUUCCCAUGAUAUUGAGUUGGGAAAGAAUCUUGCCUUUACAACAAGCAGUCUAUCACACCUUCCAGAAACAAUAAAGAAAAGUAAAUUUGUAACAAUAAGAAUAUCAGGAAUUGAUGAUUCAAAUUCUGGGGGUGAUUGUGGUUGGAAUAUGUCAACUGAUGAUAGAGAUCUUGAUACUGACGCUCGUCGGGAAAGACAGGAUCGUGAAGUUAUGAGAAAAAUUCAAAGCUUCGUUCGAGAAAAGCUACGUUCUAGAAGUGUCAGUGUGCUGAUGGGACUUGGUCAAUUAUUCCGUACAAUGGAUAAAUCAGGAGAUGGUUUGCUUAGUAAAUCAGAACUCGCAGACGCUCUCGAGCAGUUUGGUAUUGCAAUACCCCAAGAGAAUUUUGAUUCUGUAUGGAGAGUUGUGGAUGAGAAUAAUGAUGGUGCAAUCGAUUACGGUGAAUUCAUGAGAGCUUUUAUAGGUGAGAUGGGAGAAUUUCGAAAACAAAUUGUUAGAAAAGUAUUUAGGAAACUCGAUCCACAUAAGACUGGAAGUGCAAGUCUACUUGAUAUGAAAAAAAUGUACAGUGCUAGGAAACAUCCUCUCGUAGCAUCAGGGCAACUGACACAAGAAGAAAUGGAAAUUCGUUUCAUCGAUUCGUUCAAUCAAGGAUAUUCAGUAGAUCCUGGCAGGGUGUCAUAUGUUGAAUUUGAAGAAUAUUACGAAGGGCUGAGCAUUGUUAUAACGAGUGAUAAUGAUUUUUCAAACAUGAUGAGAAAUUGUUGGGGAGUAUAAAUUGAGUUUUUGUCUCAAAUUUUAAGCGCCCGGAAUCAGGAUAGAUGGUUUUGUCAAAAUCCUCUUGCAUAAUUGAACAUUUCCGAAAGUAUUUUCAAUAAUAUUUUGUAAAUUAUUUUAUUUAGUUAUUGUAUUCUUUCUCUUCGCCGAAUUCCAUUAUUGUCUCAAAUUUUAGGCGUCCGGAAAGACAGUGUUGUCAAAAUCCAGUUUCAUAAUCGAAUGUUUCAAAAAAGAUUUCCAGAAAUGUUUUAUGAAUCUUUGCAAUUAGGUUUUGUAUUCUUUCUCUUCGCCGAAUUCCAUUAUAUGAUAUAUAUCAUUUGCAGCAGUGGUAUUAGUUGUAGAUAUUUAAGAAUGCCCGCGUAUUAUUUUAUUUAGUUUUAGCAUUUGUAUUGAACAGUUUCAAUGAAUUUUCGAUAAAGUUUAAUAUAAGUGAUUUUGCUAAUGAAAUAUGUAUUUGUGUAAAUGUAUAUUGCAUUUGAUAGUAAAGCAUAAAAAGUUGUAGUUCAAGAAUUAUUAUAGUUAAAAAUUGAGUAAUCAAGUUAUUUAUAAUGAUACAUUUAUUAUUACUCACCACCAUCAGUUUACUUGCGAAAAUCACAAUGGCAAUAUAAUUCGAUUACUUGAAAAGUUGAGAUAUCAGUUUUAUCACAUUUAAAAAACUCUGAAAUCUAUCAGGUAAUUUGUAUUACUAACCUCAAUUAUAUUCCAGAUAUAACUAUGUAUUUAGCAAAAAAAAGUUAGUAAUCUGUCUAAUAACAAAUAUAAACAUGAAGUAUUGAAUAUUGAAUUUACCUUCUACAUGCCACGUUCUUCAACACAAUAGUAGCACUGUUUUAUUGAAUUGUAUAUUUGCACCUAUCAUGUAUAUAUAAUUUUAGAGUUUGCUAAACUGGUGCAUAUGACAUCCUUUCAAUCUAUAUUAGUACAACUGUUUUUUGUGAGCUAAAGAUUUAUGCGUUCCACGGAAUACUUCAUAUAAUUCUUAUAUAAUGUUUGUUUUUCUUUUCAAAUUACUAUUUACCAUGUAUUUUUAUAUUAAUUGAUAUUGUCUUCAAUUAGUCGUUUUGUAGAUUUUCUAGGAAAAUAUAUGCCUUGUGCAAUGUAUGAAAUUU